CUAGUUUUACUUUAAAGUUGGGCAACUGGGGCUCGCUUGCGCCGUGCCGCUCCACGCGCCAUUUUUACGAAUUUGAACAAAGGCGAGAAGCUGCGUCGGCUCUCCCGCAGUCCGCACAGAAAAACCAUGAGUUCCGCCGACAAGCAAGCCGACGUCGCGACGCAGCAGGCCGACGAAGUCAUCUCGGCCAAGGAGAAGGGUGCCGGCGACGCCAAGACGGAGAAGUCGCCGCAGAAACGGUCUUCUGCCGAGGUGACUGAAGAUGAUGACGUGAAGAAGAAGGUUCAAAAGGUGCGUAGAAGCCAGAGUAAGGAGAAUGGUGAAUCAGAUGACAAGUACGAGGAGGGCGCCGGUGAUGACGAUGGGGGCGAUGAUGAUGAUGAUGACGCCGUUCCAGACGGAGAGGACUACGACGAGGAAGGGGAUGACCCCGAGGGAGACGACGAUCCCGAAGACGAUGAUGAGGAUGACGCGUAAAGUGGCUAGUGGGGACCGACGACGACACGCUGCUGCUAUGCGCCUUCCCUCUCCUUGCCGCUCCUUCCCCCUCUCCUUCCGUCCGCGCUCUCUCUGGGAAAAGCUAGGGGAAAACUGCAGUCCCUUCGGCCGCUGCAAGUGAUGAAGUCGCCGCUGCCUCCAUCCCCGUGUCUUCUAGCCAGCAGUCGUCGGUUUUCGUCUGCCACACCGGCGCCGGUUAGGUUGACAGCUCGACGGAACACCCGCCGCUGGUGAAUGACAUUCGUCGCUGCCUCUCUCUCCUGCCGCUGUGUGUGGCUGGGCAUGCGUGGUUCUUUUUUUGUGUGUGUGUGCGUGUGCGCCUUCUACUGCAGCAGCGUCUUCAUCCUUGCGCCAGCUGGAGGGACUGGUCUUUCCUCUCGUCCGAUCCCUUUUUCCCCAGUCUCCUCCCCUCGCCCUCUCCUUUUUUUCUCUCUUCGAGCGGUCUCUGUUUUUAUAUUGUAUUGAGUUUUUCUCUUCGUUUGUCUCUCAUCAAGAACUCAUCGCAGUCACACACACCUCCGCCGUUUUGUUCAUGGUUUCUUUACCUUUUUGGCUCUUCGAGGAAGACAAAAACAUUUGGGCAUCGUUGCGUGUGCGUCUGGGACAAAGGCGACGGUGGUUGCUGAGGUUUUUCCCUCUUGUAUUUUUUCGCGCACACUUUUGAUUGGUUUCUUGACUUUCUGUGUUGGGCUGCCAUGUUCUGCCUUCAUUGUAUGACGAAAGUGUUUUCACUGGAGCGUUAUACUUUAUUUUAAUUUUUUUAUUGGCACUUUCAUCCUAAGAAAGGGAUUGUCAAUUUUUGUUUCAGUGGUUGCAGCAUGUCUAUUUUUUCUUUGCAUCUUGAGCCGAACAUCCAGAGUUGUUUCUUUUCAACAUCAUUCUGUCACUCGCAUCGCAUACAUCAUGACAAAAAAUGUAAGAAGACAUUGUGCAAACUUUUAAAGUCUGGCACUUCCAUGUUUUGUUUAUGCUAAGUGCAGCUUGUAAAGCAUUGCUCUUUUGUUUUGAACCAUUGUCAGUGUUUCAUCUCUGCAAAUAUGGCCUGUCAUAUUGUAAAAUGUGUUCCAGCGACCAUUGUUGUUUUUCACACAAAAAAAACGUGGCUCUUGAGAAAAGCCAGGGUCGAAGCAGGUCAUUGCUGAAUGUGUACCACAGUGUUAAAUUAAUGGGAAGUCCCAACUAGUGCGUGGUUGUUCAGGGUGCUAGGUGUUCUUCUUGCCUGGCUGCUGGCAUGUGGGGCAUCUGGUGUUUGUUGAGUGCCGUGCGACUGUUGUGACGUUUAUAUACUGUGUUCAAACAUGCUUGGCUAGGAUGUGUGUAAACAGCAUGUGCAUUUCCUUGCAUCACUGGUAGUUCUCUCAUCGAAGCAGCAACCAAGAAAAAACUUUGGAUUUCCUCUAUCCCGGUUACUCACUUUAUUUUUCUGACAUGAAUUAAUGACAUGCACUUUCAAUGCAACCACAACUGUUUUUUUUUUUUUUUUUUUUUUUUGUCGGUGGGGAAAUGCGGAAAGAAACCACAUUGGAUCAGCCAAUAAACUGUCAUUCGAUUUUGCAUCAUCACCAAACAAUGGCCACGAGUGUACACUUAUUACUUUUGGUUCUGUUUCUUUGGUGUGUGUGUGUAUGUGUGAGAGUUCUUUGUCACCUGGGGGAUGGAAAUGCCAGCCUGUUUCAGUUUCGAGGGCUCCGAGAUGAUGGCGCAGAGCCGGCAAUGUUCGAACUAGUCUGAAUUAUGUAUUAACAUUUAGCUGGCAGCUCCCAACCUUGGACCCAAAAGUCUUGUUGUCGUCGGUGUCGAAUUUGGCUAGGGAAACUUGCGACAAAGCCCAACUUCUACAUUUUUGCCAAAUCGAGAGAAAGCCAUUGUGACCUCACAAAAUUUUGUGCCACCGGUGUAUGGCCUUUGGGAGUUUUCCAGAUCUGCAAAACGCCUUCCUAGCAAUGAUUUUUUAAAGCCCUUUAACACCAUUGCAAGCUUUCAUUGUAAAGCCUGUUAAGUGUUGUGAGAGUGUGUGAGUAGUGCUUAUAGUUCAGAAGAGUGGUAAAAUCUGACUUGCCAACCAGGCGUUCAUGCCCGUGUUCUUGUAGGAUUAGAGCUGCAGUUGUAUAUUUGCAUGAGCCUGCCUUGGCUCCAGCAAUACCCCGUCUUGUGCGCUUUCUGCGGUGAACGAGUAAUUGGGAAGCAUCAUGUGACAUCCCUCGUGCCAUUGUGUACGGCACAAGGGUUCUCUUCAUGGUAUCAUUUCCAUCCCCUUUAAUGCUCUGGAUGACAAUGCACAUUUCGUUGGACUUUAUUUCUGUGAACGGAAAGUACUUUCACACUGUAGAUACGUGAUAAAAAAAAACACCAUGACGAAAAA